CCCAACCCAAACUCCACGAACACGAAAAAUGCUGGCAUGUUAGCCUCGAGGACCACCGUCUCGCUCCGCCACCGCAUCGUCGCCGGCGGCCCGCGGAGGCGAUGUGUCGGGCGAAGCGAAAGGAAACCGCAGGGCCGCCACUUCACGCAGGCCCUCAAGAGCCUCUGGAGGCACAGCCCCCCGGAUCCUCCUCUUCCAGCCGCCGCCGCUACUGGCGGUGAUGCCAAAUCCUCGUGGCAAUCACCAGUACUCGAGAACGCUGCCUUCGAGGAGUACUAUAAGGUUCAGCAAAUUGUCCUCAAGGAGGAGUGGGAUGCCUUCAUGAGUGUCCUACGGAAACCAUUACCUGCGACUUUCAGGAUCAACGCCUGUUGCCAGUUUUAUAAAGAUAUCUGCUCAAAGUUGAAAAAUGAUUUUAGGCGAUAUUUGGAGAGUGAGGUUAGUAGUGAGAAUGGAGAAGAUGCUAUCAGGCCCCUGCCUUGGUAUCCAGGCAAUCUUGCAUGGCACCUGAAUUUCUCUCGGAAGGAACUGAGGAAAAAUCGGGCACUUGAGAGUUUUCAUGAGUUUCUAAAGCAUGAGAGUGAGGUUGGUAACAUAACUAGGCAAGAGGCUGUUAGCAUGGUUCCACCAUUGUUUCUGAAUGUACAACCUGAUCACCAUAUUCUUGAUAUGUGUGCUUCUCCAGGCUCUAAAACUUUCCAGUUACUCGAGAUGAUUCACCAAUCAAAAGAACCAGGACUACUUCCAGGGGCAUUGGUGAUGGCCAACGAUCUCUAUGUGCAAAGAUGCGAUCUCCUUAUCCAUAAUACAAAGAGAAUGUGCACUGCCAACCUAAUAGUAACAAACCAUGAAGCACAAAACUUCCCUGAUUGUUCUCUUGCAAAUGAUUAUUCAGAAGCUUAUAAGGAUACCUGCAAGCCACAAGGUUUAGAAUUCGAUCGUAUACUUUGUGAUGUUCCCUGCAGUGGUGAUGGGACUAUUCGCAAGGGUCAUGAAAUGUGGAGAAAGUGGAACUCAGGCAUGGGGAACCAACUUCAUCUUCUGCAAGUGAAUAUUGCUAUGCAUGGUAUUGCGUUACUUAAAGUGGGUGGAAGGAUGGUCUAUUCUACAUGUUCAAUGAAUCCUGUUGAAAAUGAAGCUGUUGUAGCAGAGCUCCUUCGAAGAAGUGGAAACUCUGUUGAACUCCUUGAUGUUUCUAGUGAGCUGCCUGAAUUGGUCCGGCGUCCUGGGCUUAGCACUUGGAAGGUACAAGAUCGAGGAUCUUUGUUUCAGACUCAUGAUGAUGUUCCACAUGAUAGGAAGAAUGUAGUAUUGCCGAGCAUGUUUCCUUCAAGUAAUGGCACUGAGGAAACCCAUACUGUGCGUGGUGAUGUUGAAGUGAAUAUAGAUGAUAGGAGCAGCUUAAAAAAUUGCAACAUUGAAGAAACAAGAAAAAUUAAUCAUGAUACGGAUGGACUUUCUAUCAAUUCCAAUAAAAAAUUGGAUUGUACUUCUAACAUACUGAAUUCAAAAUUCCCACUGCAUCGGUGCAUGAGGAUUGUUCCUCAUGACCAAAACAGUGGGGCAUUUUUCAUCGCAGUUCUUCAUAAAUUGUCUCCCUUGAAUGGCUGUCAGAUACAGGGCACUAAAAUUCAGCACCCACCUGCAAAAGGCAUAACCGUGCAACCUCAGAAAGAACCUGAGCCAGAAACAAGACUAUAUGAAACUAUUUUGACACACCAACAGAACAAUGUUUCUAAAGUUGUUGAUUCUGCUGAAGUGCUGGAAAGCAGUCGAGCAGAAUCAGGCGACAGAAUGAAGCUGCAAAAACAAAGCAGGUGGAAAGGGGUCGAUCCUGUAUUAUUUUUCAAAGAUGAAGUGGUGAUAAAGAGCAUAAUAUCCUUCUUUGGCAUCAAGGAAUCAUUCCCACUCCAAGGUCAUCUGGUGACUAGAAGCACUGAUAAUGCAAGGAGAAUAUAUUACGUAUCAAAAUCGGUUAAAAAGAUUUUGGAGCUGAAUGCAGAAGUUGGUGAGCAGCUUAAGAUCGUUUCGCUUGGUAUAAAGAUGUUUGAAAGUCAUAGAUCGAAGGAUUGCUGUUCAUGUGCAUAUAGAUUGUCCUACGAGGGCUUAUCACUACUGCUUCCAUAUGUCAGCAAGCGGAUACUAUAUGCAUCUCCACUGGACUUCCACCGACUUUUACAGUACAGAAGUAUCAACUUUGCUCAUUUUGUUGAUGCCAGAUUUGGGGAGGAAGCUGCAUCCUUGAUGCCCGGUUGCUGUGUUGUAGUGUUACUUGAAGGGCAUAAGCAUGUUGAUUCUAUUUGUAAGGAUCCCUCCACAAUUGCAAUUGUUUGCUGGAGAGGGAAGGGGACUAUGAAUGUCAUGGUUUCUCCUCCAGAUAGGAAGGAUCUGCUUGAACGGAUGGCAUAUCGCUUCGGUCUUAAAGCCUGUGCGGAGGAAGAUUAGAAAUCUUGUCGUAAGAUUAAUUGGUCAGACCAGGGGAGAUGACAACAGCAUUGAGACUGACAAUCAAGAACCUCUAGCUACAGGUAAUUCAUCUUAUACAAAGGAACUGACAUAGCACUUCAGCAUGCUGUUGGAGAGCUGGGGGAUGCUGAAGAGUUCUUUAGGCCAUCCAAAUAGUAUCCAUUGACUUCCGAUCUUUAGUUAUGAGAUAUUCUUGCGUGUAAACAAGUCAUUUCCGAUGCAGAAGCAAAUAUACUGCUAUCUGUGUUUCACACAGUAUUAGUUCGGUCCGUAUAACUGGAGGUUCAAAAGCUUUCACAAUGUUUAUCCGGUCCAUAUAUAGCUAUAAAACUCAAAAGCUAAACAAUUUUUUGAUGAAAUUGGAUCGUUUUUUUUA